CUAUCCUUUAAAAUUAUGAAUAGACACGUCCUCACUUGAUUAAAUGAUCUGAAGUCAACAGUCAACGUCAUUUAAUUUUAAUAAAUUAUAAUUAAUCACACAAUUUAAUUCAACAAUAAACUAAACUCCUAAAAAAAUAAACAGAUUUUUUUUCGUAUUACCUAUAUUGUGGAAUGAUAUAGUAAUAUUAUCCAGUCAUAGUAUUCUACGAAUCAAGUGUCAAAACUAAAGUAGCCUUGUGUCUCCAGUCUAGAAUGCGAUGCUUCCUCGUCGUCGAAAUAUUGGUUUUUCAGAGCGACCACUUCAAUUAGAAGAAGUAAUUCCAUAUAAUAAAUUAGACAAAAAAGGUUUUCACGUUCAACCUUCCGCUUCCGCAAACCAUAAAAAUUCAUCUGUGGACGGGUUUGAUCAGCAAGAUUUUGUGUUUGAUUUCUUAGAGGAAUUUGUGUACGAACCAGUUAUGUCUGCAAGAGAUAGAACGCAAGAGUUUGCCUCAGCAGUUCGUAGUCUUCAAGGAAGAACACUAGCAAGGCCUAUUAUUAAAGAUGAACGUAAAGCCGCAGUACUCGCCACUUAUUCUCAAUUUAUGAGCAUGGCAAAAGUUAUAAGUAAAAAUAUAACUAGUACAUAUGCAAAAUUAGAGAAACUAGCCCUACUUGCAAAAAAAAAGUCCUUAUUUGACGAUCGACCUAUGGAAAUCCAAGAAUUAACUUACAUUAUCAAAGGAGACCUGAAUGCAUUAAAUCAACAAAUUGCAAGAUUGGGUGAAAUGCCGAGAGGCCGUAAAAGUAUGCAUAGCCACUCUUCCAGUGUUGUAUUAGCAUUGCAAUCACGUCUUGCAUCCAUGAGUAAUCAAUUCAAACAGGUUCUAGAAGUCCGGUCAGAAAAUCUAAAGCAUCAAAACAGUCGGCGUGAACAAUUUUCAAAUUCAUCACCCAUUGUGAGGGAAGUACCUGCUCUUUUACAACCUGAUGAAGUUAGUAUUGAUUUGGGAGAAGCUAUGCCACUGCAAACACAACAAAUGGCAUUACGAGAUGAUACUGAUACAUAUGUUCAACAAAGAGCGGAGACCAUGCAUAACAUAGAGAGUACAAUUGUGGAAUUGGGUGGUAUAUUUCAACAACUAGCUCACAUGGUGAAGGAGCAGGAUGAAGCAAUAGGUAGAAUAGAUACUAAUAUUCAAGAAGCUGAAAUGAAUGUCGAAGCUGGUCACCGGGAAAUUAUGAAAUAUUUUCAAAGUGUAACUGGUAAUAGAGCAUUAAUGUUUAAAGUGUUUGGAGUGUUAAUUUUCUUCUUUAUAUUCUUUGUUGUAUUUAUGGCUUAAUUAUAAAUUUUGCCUAGUAAAAAAAUGUACAGUGGGAGUGUAAUCAAGGGCAAAACAUCAAUAAUUAAAUAAUAUUGUAUUUACUUUUAUUUCAGUUUAUAUAACAAACAUUAUUUUAAUUUGUAAUAUAAACAGACACAUUGUUAUAAUUAAAAAAAUAUAAAGUUAUUACUUAUAUUAAUCUUCUUUUACUUAUUUAUAUACAUCAAUGUUUAUUUGUAUCAUUAUUAUUUUACACUCUUCAUUAACUUGAGUAUAAGGCCUCUAUUAAAUUAUAAAAAUAUGUAAAAGAUAGAACAAGUAUUCAUAGAAGUAUGAUAAGGCUUGAAGUA